UUUAUAUAUGCUGUUAACAAAACCUUUUGUUGACAAAACAAAAAUUAUAUAUCUAUAAUUUUGACUAUUAAUAAGACCCAUAAAUAAAUUCAAUUUUCCCUUUCUUAAUUCCCAUUUCUAUUAAAUUGGAUGACACCCUUGUUAAUAUAUCGAAGAACACGUUUACAGCCGACCAAAUUUAUUAUGAAUUUCUUGUAUUUAUCCACAAUUUUUUUUUAUUUGUUACUAAAAUAAAAUAUUUAUAUUAAUUAAUAAACAUAAUAUAGAGUUUUAUAACUUUGUACUGUCGUUUCCAUAGAUAAAUCAACAGUAGUUUAUCUACGUCUCCAGCUUGUGGCUAGUAACAAACGUAGCUUAGGCCUGCCGUAAAAAGAAGAGAAUAACCUCAAUAUAAUAUCAACAUACUAUUUAAAUUUUAUCGUAAUGUUAUCAUUACAAUCUGUCUGAACUAUGAACAUUUUGAUUAAUUUGCCUUGACCUUUUAGUUAUAAAAACAUUUAAUAUCUAAAAAAAUGUAGACACAAUUAAUAGUUUAACAAUGAUAUUAAAGAAAUUCAUGAACUUAUACAGCAGAUUAUUGAAAAAUAAUCUCAUACUUGUACAAUCUAUACAAUCGGGAGUUUUUUGUGGAACAGGAGACGUUAUCGCACAAGUAAUUGCUGAAAAGAAAUCUUUUAGUGAGAUAGAUGUUAGACGGACUGGUUGUUUUAUAUUAUUAGGAUCAGGCUAUGUAGGGCCUAUAUUAUCCAUUUGGUACAAAUUUCUUUCAAGAAAACUGGGUGACAAAGGUAAAUUUGUAGUUUUAAAAAAAGUGGCAGCCGAUCAACUUUUAUUCGCCCCACCUUUUCAAAUAGGAUUGAUUACAGUAAUCAACAGUCUACAAGGAAGAGAUUUUGAUUUUAUCAAAAAUCAAAUACGUCAAAAGUAUACGGAUAUUUUGUUAACAGGAUAUAAACUUUGGCCUGCAGUACAGAUAAUAAAUUUCUAUUUUGUACCUUUAAGUUAUCAAGUUUUGGUAGUACAAUCUGUGGCUCUAUUUUGGAAUGCUUAUAUCUCAUGGAAAACACAAUAUGGCGUAGCAAAGAUGCAUGAUUCAUUAAAAUUUGAAGAAAAAACUGAAACACAGCAAGACACUGACAAUGCUAUGACAAACAUUUAAGUAUUCAGAUUAUGGAAAAAAAUGAUUUCAGAUAACAUACAAACAAGAAAGAUCAUAAAAAUACAAAUACCAAAGAAAUAUUGUUACCUUCUUUCAAUUACCAACAAUCUACUAAAUAAACAAGUGUGAAUAUACUUAUUGCAGUAUUUUGAACAAUAAACAAAUUUAAUUUUUUUACCAUCUAUUAAAAAAUAAUAAAGUAA